UUGACAAAAGUGAUAGUGAUAGAAAAAUAAAGUGUCAGAGAAUAAAGUUCAAAAUCAAACUUUUUUUAGUGCAUAAGUAAAUUGGUUGAGGUGAACGAGUUACAUUAGAUAUGUUUGUAGCAGUAAGAAGGACAUAUAUACACUGCAAGCACAGUUAAGGGAAAAAUUAUGGCGGCAGCAGUGCCUGCAACAGGAUGUAAUUACCAAUCUUUGAUCGCGAAAAACGAAUAUCAAGUUAAACUAGUCACAUUCAUCAAUGAAGGCGGUGACCACUUGCGCUCGAUGCUGCACGACCCUGCACGUGGGAACAUGCCAAGUGACGAAAAUCAACUUUAUUUGGCAUUGGUACCAUUUAAGAAACAACUAAAUCAUUUAAAGAAAGAUCAGUUGGAGAUUGUGUUUCCACAGAAUAAACAAACAAAUUCACAACUUUUUGACAUCCCUUUGUUAUGUGACAUUUUAAUCAACUGUUGUCCUGGUAUAAAAGCACCAAAUGGUGGAUGGAAAACUAAAAAGCCACAGUUGAAUGACUUCAGUGAUGGUGCUGAUAUUAUUCGCAUCAGAAAUGCAAGAAAUAAUGUUAUGCAUGGAAGAGCACUGACUUUGGCACAAUAUAACCAAUUAUGGAACACCAUAGAAGGUAUAUUACAAAGACUUGGCUACGACAUAACAAAAACCCAGGACUUGAAGUCUGGUUGCUUAAAGAAUUUGGACUUGUUUAAGGUUAAAAUAUUGAAAGCAAACAUUGAAGUUUUAGAAGACGUCGUCAAACAGAAUAAAGAUGAUACUAAACAAAAUCAAAAACAAUUGGAAGAUGAAAUUAAACGAUUGAAAGAUGAAAUGAAAACAAUAAAACUUAUUGUUACUUCACCGUCGUGUCGUCCGAGAACAUCUCUGGUAGAAGAAACUACGAAGGAGGAGGCUAGUUAUGUGCUGUUGAAAAAUAACCAAGGAAACAUUGUCAUGCAAUUUAAGGACGCAUAUUCUAACUGGACUAUACAAGGGAUAAGCGUCACAACAUUUAAUAACUUUACAAAACAAUUAAAACAGCUUCAACUCAACGAUGAUUACGUUGUGGAAAAGAAUCAAGGAAAAUUAAUCCUGGUUAUUUAUAAACAAAUUGUGAAAGUGAUUAUCGACUUGUCAAUCAUGUUAGUUGACAACAAUAAUACUUCUCAAUUGAUUUCAAUUGAAGAUAUUACAUUGGCAAUGGCACAUCAGUGUACCAUGAAUCAUUUGAAUGUGAUAACUCACAACAGUGGUACAUUAUCUAAACAGAUCGAUUUCAUUGUCAAAACAAAAACAGAUGAAGCAGAUAUUGAAUUUCUAUGUGGUGGAAGUCUGCAACGAAUGACAGGUGCAGAAUAUGAAAAAUUUGAAAGAGGCUACACUCAUCGUUAUUUUACAGUCAAAGACAUGUGUCUGGCCGAACCACUACAGUUUCCACCUCCAAUGCCAAAUCAGAAAAAUUCCACUGUCGCACAAAGGAUAAAAGACCUUAUGAUUAAAUCACAACAUAAAUUAUUUACAAUAUUUACGCAUUAUAACACGAAAGAACAUAUCAAAUUCUUAAAACUAGAUAAAGAAUUCCCUACUGACUUAGGAAGAACUGUUCCUGAGAAUAAUAGAAUUCUACUGGUACUCCUUGAUUCUAUCAUAAACAUUCGUUAUACAGAAGCAACAGAUGCAUUCAGUAUACAAGCUGAAUUUAAGUCAGGAGAAGAAGACCUAAAAGAUCUAUCCAUUGUCAACAAAAAAUAUCUUAAAAGUGGUAACAUGGCAAUGAUAAACAUUGUAGCAGCUCCUAAUUUUGAAAACACUCAGGACACUUGCAUAUGCUCUGACUGCGACUUGCUGUGUAAAAGAACUUGGUCUGAGGAUAAAAAUAUACAGGAUUUCUUUUCCAAUAUUUUACAGAAAUCAGAAGCUGAAGGUAGUGACAUAAGUGGAAAAGAACAAUAUGUUAGCAUCGUCAGUAGAAUUAUGUGUUUUAUGGCUACAAGAGAAUCGCUGUAUUCAGUUCCUUCACUUAGCAAAAACACCCACGAGCAGAUAAGUUCGCUAAUAUUAUCUCCACAACAACUACGAUAUCUUUAUAGCAACUCCUUAAGAAAAAUCAUAAUCGGUCCGUUGGGCAGCGGUAAAACGGUGUUAGCCUUAUCUCACCUUGAACUUACUUACAAACUGUCAGAAAGUGCCAGUGUCAUUUAUUACGUGAUUUGGGACGAUAAAACAUUGCUGACACAAGACAUUGCGGGGCACGCUAACAGAUUUGAUUACAAAGCCAAUGUCACAGUUGUAGUCAAAAAUAUUGUUGAGUUGGCAAAGGAUUUAAAGAUGAAAAAAACGCCGAUCCUUUCUUAUUUGCUGAAGUCGUUAGUUGAAAAGCACGUUGAUGAAAAGCUGCAUCUGAUUAUUGAUGAAUUGAACGGAGAACUGCUUGAUAUCGACGAAUCUUCAUCGUUCAAACAGUAUUUGGAGACUGAAACCAAAUUGCAGGAUUCCCUUAUUGUUUUCUUACCACAAUCCAUUGAGAAGCAUAGAACGUUUAUUUCACACGAGAAAGUCACAAGACAUGACAAGUAUAAAUUUGCAGAAACAGGAAUGAAGGUAUUGAAACUUAACAAGGCAAUGAGAACAACCAAAUUAAUUUUUCAAUUCUUACAGGCUUUCGAAAAAGAAGUAAGUCAGAAGAAAGUGACUAUUAAGCUUCCAGAACAGGAAUCUAAUAAAAUCGAUGAUAAAAUGACGGUUCGGAUUUUUACAAAAAUAUCGAGUCCCUUAUCAAAAAUUUGUCGACAAAUCAAACAACCACAGCAGCAACCGCAGGCACAACAACAACCACAACAGCAACAACUGUCACAGCAACAACUACCACAGCAGCACAACCUACAGCAACAGCACCAGGAACAACAACAACAACAGCAGCAGCUGCAAAAACAAGAAAAAGUUAUCAGUAGCAACACAGAAGAAGAAGAAAUAUUUGAAACACCAAUUGAUAUUGAUGUUGUUGCAGCCUCCAUGCACGACAAGGAUCUUUCAGAAAAUGUUAGGAGUGACAUAACAUUAAAUUUCAACACGGCAGAUUUGAUUGGUCAUAAUAUCGAAGGUACAAAGCCCUGUUUAAUACAUCCAUCAACUAAACAAAUAACAGAAGAAGAGUUUAUUCCAAUGUUAGCUUUUGUUUUACAAGAUGCAUGCUUACGUCGCAGCACAAAGCGUUUGUUUAUUUAUAACACAAUCCGUCAGAAGACUCUAUUUUAUAAAUUGCUAAAAUUAUUAAAAAUCGAUUUUGUCCACUACGAUCAGUCCACUGAUUGGAAAGUGUUGAGCAGUAAAGAUAUUAAUGUUUGCGGGUUUCCACAUAGUCAAGGUUAUAACUUGCUGACUACUCCGGAGGGUAGCCGUGGUAUUGAAGCAGCUGAAUGUAUCUGCAUAAUCGAAAGCAAUGAUUGUACGUUAAAACAUUUUACGUUGGAAGCAAUGUCCAGAGCGACACAAAAACUAGUCCUUCUUUCAACUUCGAACGUUUAUUCCUCGGAUACAAUAGAGUCAUCAAUUGGUCAUAUCAUCGGCAAACUAGCACCUGAGUAUCUAGUAGAACUCAUUGUGGGGCCUUCCAGCGACGGGGAAACAGAAGUACCGUUCACCAAGUUCCGAGAAGGUGAAAACAAAAUAUUUUUCAACAUAAACACCUGCUCUUGGAAAUUUGAAGAAAUGGUGAAUGAUUUGGAACAAACAGUUGAUUUUCAGCUACCAUCCGAAAGCACAAACGCGCACGAGAUCGUUAUUAAAAAAAUAAGUUGCCAUCGAGCUAUUAUGACUAGUAUUAAGAUCGAACAUUUAAGUUACUUCAGCUACCUAAGUCUUCAUCCUCCUGGAAAAGUCGAUAACACAAUCUGCUCAUAUGUGUCUGAAACAUCAUGUGCAUUAAGUUGGGGAAGUGAUGCCGACAAAUACACAGUUAAAAAACAAGAAGGAAAAGUUUGGAGCACAUUGGCUAGUGGUAUUACUUCUAACAAAUACAUCGUGGAUGGUGUGAAGAUUGAUGAAGGAUACAAGUUUUGUGUUAUUGCUAGUAAUAAGGUCGGACAAUCAGAUGACAGCAUAUUCUCUUAUCGUCACAGGCAUCUAAAAGUUAAAGGUAUCACAUUUAGAGACAUUAAAACGCUUAUUCUAAAAAACGAGAUCAAUAAGUUAAGACAAAUACUCUCAAUUCACUCAAGCAUUGUCCACAUGAGAGACCAGUACAAAAACACACCACUAAUAUGGACAGCACGUUACACUGAUUAUCCAUCUGUGAUACAACUUCUUAUCCAACAUGGUAGCGAUGUUUGGGCUAGGGAGAAUUACCAAGCAAACAGUUUUCAUCAUGCUGCAUGGAAUGAUCGUCCCAAUGUUUUACAAGUUUUGUGUCGACACGAUGUGACACACAUCAACCGAGCAGAUAUUUUCAACCGAACACCGUUGUAUAGCGCUGCAUUUUAUGGUAACCCCUCGUGUGUCGAUGUGCUGUUACAUCAUAAUAAUAUUGACGUCACAAUUACAGAUAAAUUUGGAAGAACUGCGUAUGAUGCUGCUGGGCUAUGGAAAAAUAAACAAAAUCGUGAAAUAAUUAGACAGAAGAUUAAAGAUUACGAAAUGUCCUCAUAAAUAUGUCAAGAAUGAAAUUAUUAUGUUUGGAAAAUAAUGUCCGCUUCAUCACGUAAGGCGAGAACUGCUAUGAAAAUUUUUAUAUAAUUUUGUUUAUUGUAAUUUAUAUAUGUAUUUGUAUUAAUUAUUAAUUCAAUUUAAUAAAAGAUAUAUUCUAUUAUAAUAUAAUAUAUUAAAGGAAAUAGGGGCUUAAAGUUAGUCGGGAAAAAUUUGGACACCAAUGACCAAUAUUAGUUAAUUUUACCCUAACGAGAGCUUCGUUUCUUAUUUCCGAAAAGAAAUACAUUUAAAAUUAUAUGGUUUGUUGUUUUAACAUUUCUUACAUUUUUUGUUUCGAUCAUGCAUUGCUAACAUGUUGAUACACUGGUGUAUUUUAUAUAGCGUCGGAUACACUCAAAAAAUAUUUUUUAUAAAUUUGCUGACAUCAGCAAAGACUUGCCAUAUUACAGAAAUAAUUAUUAAAUUUCGGAUACUCACUGCCUUCAUCGUGCAUAUCUUAAAACGCAGAAUGAGAAAAUGUGUAAAAUCACGCAAUUUUGACGAACGGUUGCAGAGAUAUUGGGGUUUAAAGGUAUUUUGAUAACCUCUUCAACCUGUCCAUUCCGAAAAAGGAUUCGGGGACCCAGGUUUCAGAAACUUACCCAAUUUGUCUCUAGUUACCAGCGCAGUGAGAAAUGCCUGAUGCUACCCGCUUGUUUCCAAGUUGAUUGUCCUUAAAGAUAUAUAUACAUUGCAAUGACUCUAUUGAUGAUUUAUUUACAGGCUCUCAAUGGUAAGAAUAGUUAUUUGUAUUCUGUGAGUUUCCUGGUUUACAAAGGUGUUUAUUUAGAUAGCAUUAUUACUUAUUUUUAAUCUUGUAACAAUUAAUUUUAUUUAGUACUGUAACACUUUACUACUGCAUAUACCUUUGUUUACGAAAAGAAAAGAAAUAUCUUUCUAUAUAGAUUAAAAUAAAGAUAUUGACGAUAAGUUACUGUUAAUGACGUCAAUAUUAAUGACGUCAAUACGUUGAAUUUGUCGGCUAACAUUUGAGACAUAAUAACGUCAGCAAUUUAUCCGUUAAGAUACAAAAAACAUUUAAAAACUUUAAAUGACAUUUCCAUGUGAACGUAUGUUAAUAAUUACAACACAUAUACAUGGCCGAACAAGAUGAGAACAUUACAUACACGAUGGAAGUUGAAGAUCCAACAAAAUCACUUCAGUUCUUAACCCUGUACAUCUAAAAUUGUGAAGGAUGCUUCAAAUUCAAGAUCCACAGAAAAAACGCUAUUACCAAUGCACAGAUAAAACCGCACUCUGGGCACGACACUAAAAUCUUGAAGGGUAACUUUAUAGGUUUCCUCAACAGGGCCUAUACCAUCCGCGAGGGGAACAUCUGGAAGAGGAAAUUCAAUUCCUAAUUAAGUGCUUCACGGAAUAUGGGUAUAACGAACUGGAACUAUAACAAAUCAAAAGUUCCUAUCGACGAAAACGAAACGAAGAGCAAGACGGCAGAGAUGGAUUACGUUCAUUCUUCAAAAAAGUUGAGAAAGAGCUGAACACAUCAAAGAAAAUAAAUUCGGGAAAGGUACAGCAACGAAAAAGAUGCAAAAGAAACUCAACUUUGAUGAUCAAAAUGUUCACGAAUAUAUUUUAGGAGUAAUAUGUAUUACUAAAACUUAAUAAACCUUGACUUCCGUA